AUGAAAUGUGAACGAGGGGAAAUUGCUCCUCGAUACAAAAAAUUGCUCGAUUCCAAAGAAUAUAACAUGCAAGAGCUAUUUCAACUUAUACAACAACCCGAAUACCGAACUCGUCACGCACACUUGCUUGGGAUAUUCCACGAGUAUGGUAUCGGGACGCGGAUUGAUUACACGAAAGCGUACGAGAAUUAUAAGAUUGCGGCGGAUAAUCACGAUAUUCCGUCGUUCGUUUCCUUGGGAAAUUUAUAUAGUGAGGGACUGGGUGUGGAAUUGAAUAUUGCGGCGACAGUAGAGUGGUACCGAAAGGCGGCGGAUCAAGGGUGUGUAAGGGGUCAAAAUAAUCUUGGAUGGUGUUAUGGAACCGGGUUUGGAGUGGAGCAAAACGAGACGAAAGCUUUCGAGUGGUAUAAAAAGGCUGCGACUAAUGGAAAUCCGCUAGGGCAAGUUGCAGUGCGAAUUCAAUACGAGCAUGGCAUCACUAUUGAAGAGAACAUGGAUGAAGCCUUUCUAUGGUACAAUAAAUCAGCAUUGGCAGGUGCCGUUUGUGGAUAUGCCAAUUUAGCUGACUGUUAUGCAUUCGGAAAGGGAACAAAGAAAGACGAAAAGAGAGCAUUUCAACUAUACAAAUUGGCAACGGAAGGCGGUGAUAUUGACGCACUCUACAAACUUGGCAAUUGUUACAUGAGCGGCUUCGGCUGUGAACGGGAUCCUCAGAAAGGCAUCGAACUCUACGAACGAGGCGCCAAGCAGGGUAACAACGAUGCAAUAUUCAAACUCGGACAUUAUCACAUGUCCGGCGAAGGAUUCCCAAAGAACGAUCGAAAGGGUCGAUUGUUUUUUGAACGUGCCUCUAAUAAUGGACACUCCCAUGCAACGUAUUCUCUCGGACUCUGUUAUCGAUACGGAACAGGUGUGGUCCAGGAUAUGCAUUAUGCGCUGAAGUUGUUUUCGAGAUUAGAUAGCGAUGAAGUGAUGGAAGAAUUACUUGACGCAUUUAGAAUAUGA